ACAGAGUCAAUCCACCAAGUUUAACCAGAAUGUCCAGCUCCUUUCUAAAGUCUAUUUUCAUAACUUAGAGAUUGGUGGCUAUAGGAAAAAGAGGCAGGAGGCUGGUUCUCUGGGUCAGUUUGAUCUCUAACAAAGCAUAUCAAGAGGAGAGAGGGAACAGAAGCCUCCAGGGCUGCAAAGGGGCAGACGGAUGACAAGGAAGGGGAGGUUACCAUGGAAGUCUCAGAUUCGAGGAAUCCCAACCAGUGAACUCGGGGCCUUCCGUAGAGGUUUCCAGUGACCUUUCUCCAUAGAAAGUUCAGGCAACCACAGGAUUGCUGCUUCCUCUGAGGCUUUCCUAGUUAUCUCCAUUCAGAGUAUUUUUUGUCCUGUGUUCAGUUUUUUAAAAAAAUCAAUCAAUCCUUUAAACAUCCGUUGUGUUUAAUAAUCCCAAGAAUGGCCUUCUCUGUUUCAGCAGAAAAAGUGAUAUAACAAAAUUGAAGUCAACUGUUUUUUGAUGUGUCUCCCAAGCCUCUAAGAACAAUUAAGGAAAAUGCUCUGUUAAUUUGAGACCUGGCAAUUAGUUCAAUAAGAUGUCGUCAAGAACCUUUACUCCUAGAAGGGGUAAUGAUAUAUGCACUGUCCCCCAUUGCCAUUAGGGGUGCCCUCUGCAAGCCCGACGCUCUUGGAACUAAGCUGCUUCUGAGUUUUUACAACCUACAGCGGGGUUGGGGAGGUUCUUCAGCCAGUGGAAUCUGAUCGCUGAGCAAGCCUAGAGCUGCAUACCAAGUGCUGGGAGGUUACUGGGUGAACAAGAGUGGAAUGAAUGUGUAUUUUAAAGGCCAAUUGUUCAUAUUCAAAUGUAAGUUUGAACGGAAGGAGGCCUAGCCCUUGAGACCAUUUUUAUUUCUCCUACUUGUAUAGACAUCUUUCUUCCUCAGGUAGCAACAGCUAAAACUAGUAAAGCACUUCUUCACAUCAAACUGGCUCUCACUUAAUUUUCUUCAGCAAAGGAUAUGGAUUAAAAUCUAAACACACCAGAUAGUGUUUAAAAAUGCUUUAAAAUAAAUGUUUUGAAACACCCGUGUCUUAGAUUUGGGGUAAUUGUUAUUACAUUGUGUCACCUAUUUAAUCUAUUGCACCGCAGUGUGUUAGAAAGAACGUGGUCUUUGGAGACUUACAGAUCAGGACUUAAUGCUUUAUUUCACUACAUUGGACAAAUCAUCUAGUCUUUCUAAGCCUCAGUUUAUUUUUGCAUAAAAAUGAGGGUGAAAAUUCUCUUCCUCAGGGAUAAUAUCUUGCAGGAUAGUGAGGAGUCACUGAGAAAUGUAUGUGAAGAUGCCUAAAAGUAAAUGGACAUUGUAGAAUGGUUAAUGGUCCAUUACCAGCUCUACCUAUUGCAGUGGAUGUUAUGGUAAAUGUUACUGGCAAAUAUAACUGACUAUAACCCACUUAUAUCCAUUUUCUCUGUUACAUAGAAAGGGAAAUUCACUUAACGAAAAAAACAAGACAAGCAAAGCAAAAUUAGAGAUUAAUGUAAUGCCAAAGCCAAAGUCUCUCUAGAGAUAGUUUAAUUCUGGGUUUAAACUUUUCUCCCUUUCAGAGAACUUCUGGAAUGCUCGUAGUGACUUAUUUCCUAACCAAGGUGGCAGUUACAAGGAAAUCAUGCCCAAGUUCAAGCAACGAAGAAGAAAGCUAAAAGCCAAAGCAAAAAGAUUAUUCAAAAAAAAAGAAGCCUGUCAUUCUCAGUCCAAGCUAAUUACACCUCCCCCUCCACCACCCUCACCAGAAAGAGUAGUUAUUCCUUCAACAGAUACACCCCUUAGCAAAAGCUGGCUAAGAGCAUCCUGGAACUUCAAAUGUCCCAAUAUCAAAGAUGCAGUAAAACUUUGGGCAAAUAGAGUGUGGUCUAUAUACAACUGGUGCCAGAACUGCAUGAGCCAGAGUUUAGAAGUAUUGAAAGAUACCAUCUUUCCAUCCCAUUUCUGCCGCCGGGAAAUUCAUAGUCUAAAACAACGGUUUCGCACUUUGGAAAGCGAAUUAUGCAAGCUCCAAGAAGCACUGAAGACGGUCUCAGAAAAUUCUUUCUGUCCAAGCUGCGGUCAAACAUGUCACAUGAGUGGUAAACUUACAGAUGUGCCUGUGUGUGCUCUAAACACCCCUGGAGAAUCUGGAGCUGAACUUCCUCCCACACUGCCACAGCCAGUCAUUCAUCUUCCUCCUCCACCUCCGCCUCCACCCCCUCCACCGCCUCCUCUGCCUCUGCCUCCACCACCGAUAGCGCCUUUGCUGCUCAGAAAAUCCAAUCUCACUAAAGAACUUCAGGUUGGACCGUUAAAAAAAGAUGGACCUAUGCAGAUAACAGUUAAAGACCUGCUGACUGUGAAAUUAAAAAAGACGCAGAGUUUUGAUGAAAAGAGGAAGCAUGUACCAUCACCAAAGGCUCGGAAUCCACUAGUUACUGUCUCUGACCUGAAGCACGUUACCCUGAAACCAAGCUCCAAAGUGUUAACUCAAGUGACAAAUGUCUUCAUUACUCCUGGUAAAAGCCAGAUAGAUCUACGGAAACUACUUAGAAAAGUCGAUGUAGAGAGGAGUCCAGGUGGCACCCCACUUACCAACAAAGAAAAUAUGGAAACAGGAACUGGGCUGACCCCAGUAAUGACCCGGGCUUUGAGGAGAAAGUUUGAGCUGGCUCACCCUAGAAGCCCAACUCAAACUCUGCCACUUUCUACAAGCAGCUUUGAUGAGCAAAACUGAUGCCAACUCUGCCAGACUCCUUGUGAUGAUCCACAAAAUGUACAGAUAAAAUCACUCUAAUAUUCUUUUUUCAAUAUAGUAGGGUAUGUAUAAAUAAUUGUACUAAAAUAUAAUUCCAUUUGAAGAAUUAAAGUAUGUAUGGAGCCCAUUUAUACCAUGGUAUAAAGUGGGUAUUUGGAUAUUUUCUAGUUUGCGUGUUCAGUAAGAGAACAGAUGGGAAAAUGCAAUCUCCAAAGUGAUUUUAUCCUGAAAUUACCCAGUUUAGGUUAGAGAAGUUGUUCAAAUUUAGCUAGAUAACUGUAGCUUGUACUCUAUAGGUGCAGUUGUGACUUUAAGAAAAUAACCUGGUUCUUGUUCAUCUUGAGUAUUCUUGGGUAAUUGAAAAGAAAAGUAUUUUGGCCUGUAAAGUUCAUGCAUCGUAAGUGCUACGAACUUAAUCAAUAAAAAAGACCCUCUAAUUUGAUUUCUAUUUGCUAUAAACAGUUAGGAUGUUAGACCAUCCCCCAUCCAAACCCAACUAUUUUCUGAAAGGAUUUGAAGCCAAAGGUCCGACGUGACCCUAAAAAUUAGAAUGUAUCAUUUCUAGCAUCUUAGGUAUGUAGUUAGAUCUGGCUCACUGAAGUCUGACAUAUUCCUUACUUUUAUAUCUGCUAUCCACAUUCAUGACGCUAAAUAUAAAUUUCGUGAAGACCUCAACACGAACUUGUUUUUUCCACAGUGCCCUGCCAAGGUUUCUCUGAGGUCCAUAGUGGGUUCUCUGUGAGACCUGAUUCCUUGUCCUCAACAACUUGUUCAUUCAAUAAUAGUAAUAAUGCACACCUUAUUGGAUUUUUUUCUUUCCAGCCAGGCUAGA